GUUCUUGCGUGCGGCCCUGAGCUUUCGCAUUCACGCUUUGUGAAUAUAACAUUUGUCGCAUUCCUGCAGUUCUCUUUCACUCACUAGUUACUAUCGAAGGCCAUGGGACGGGCUUCGUUCGAGUACGAUGAAGUGGGGAACACAUUUUAUUACGUUUUGGUCUCUUUUUACGCAAUCAUCUUGAUUCCGGUGACUUACUUCUUCUUUCCUACUGGCAAAACGGAAGUAGUUGAAGUUGACGAACGGGAGUGUCAGUGUGUUGGAUGCGCAAGAAAACGUCAGCUGAAAGCCGCUAAUAGACCAUGGAAACUCACAAAAACCAUCCUAACAGUUGUGGCGUUAGUGAUUGCAUGGAUAGUUUUUGCACUAAUUGUGAAGAAGGUUACGGAAAUCGAAGUCACUUAUCAAGAGUAUAAUCCUUAUCAAAUAUUGGGUUUGGAUCAGGGCGCUGAUACAGCAGCAGUGAGAAAAGCCUACCGCGAGCUUUCCAAGAAAAUGCAUCCUGACCGAGGAGGAGAUGCGCAGAUGUUUGAUAAGAUUGCCAAGGCAUAUCAGGCUCUCACUGAUGAAGAAUCAAGAGAAAACUGGGAAAAGUAUGGGAAUCCGGAUGGACCGACAGCUACUACAUUUGGAAUUGCUUUACCGAAAUGGCUUGUGAGCAAAGAAUAUGGUUUAUGGGUACUUGCUUUUUAUGGACUCCUGUUCAUGGUUGUCUUGCCGGUGGUCGUGGGGGUAUGGUGGUAUAAUUCAAUCAAGUAUAACGUUGACAAGGUCCUACUCGAUACUACACAGCUUUACUACUAUUUUCUGCACAAGACACCAAAAAUGGAAAUAAACCGGAUGUUGAUGUUAUUGGGAGGGUCGUUCGAAUUCUGGAAACAAUAUAAUAAGGACAUCGUUGAAAGAGAGACAGAUGACGUGGAACUUACCAGGCGUAUGAAGUCACUUCCAAACCUUGGAGAGAACAAGAAGGAAAGACCGCUAUCGCUUCCAUAUUCACUGAAAACCCGGAUUUUGAUCCAUUCGUAUCUCACACGCAUUCCGCUCGAUAACGACGGACUUGAGUUUGAUCAACGCUAUAUCCUCGCUCGUGUCAUGCGUCUCAUUGAGGAGAUGAUUUCCAUGUCGCAGCAGCUUAUUUUCUACACACAGAUCAAAGUACCCAUAGAAACUCUCGACAACCUUCUUCGCCUGCAACCUAUGUUCGUGCAGGCCUUGUGGCCUAAGAAUAGCCCUUUGUUGCAGUUGCCACAUAUUACGGAUCACCAUCUUCCUUACUUUAGGAAGGGACGUAUAUACUCAUGUGGGGAUCUUGCUGCAUUGGAUAGCGAGAAGAGAAGAGCAUUACUCAAAUCAUUGUCAGAUGAACAAUAUCGUGAUGUAUUGGUCGUUCUUUCAUCGAUGCCGCGUCUCUCCAUCCAAACUGAAAUCGUUGUAGAGGGAGAGGAUGACGCUACCGAGGUUACAGCUGGAUGUGUGGUUACCAUGAAGAUCACAUUAGUCAGAACAAGCUUGCUGGAUCCUAUUGCUGCCGGCUUGGAAGAUCAGAGAGUACACGUAGGCGAGGAAGUUGAUGGCGGUGAUGUGAGCGGCUGCAGUGAUCAGGAAGAUGAGGAAACUCCAUUGGCUGGUGGCGACCAUACCAAGGACGAGGAAAUCAAGGAAGUCAAGAAGAAGAAACCUUGGGAAAAGAACAAACCCCAGAAGAAGAAGGGUGGUGCUAAAAAGAAGAAUCAGAAGCAACUUCCUAAGAAGAUUGUCACUGCUCAAAGCAACGCUCAUUCUCCAUCCGUCGACACUGAAAACAAAAAGAAAAACAAAAACGAAGAAGACGAAGAUGAUGAAGACGACGAUAAUUCAUCGCUAUCCUCGUCAGAACUGCCUCCCCAGUUAAUCGAGGAGGAAAGCGACUACGACGAUGACUGGACGGAGGGCAGCUCAAAAAAAGUUAUUUUCGAUACGAAAUCGCACAAAACACACAUGGUACAUUGCCCUUACUUCCCACCAGAGAAAUAUGAGUGGUGGUGGUUGGUACUGACCAUGCUCGACAAAAAACAGCGUCGACUAGUCUGCCCAACGAUCUCUUGUAAGACACUUGUCGAUGAACAAACUGUUGAAAUGCGGUUUUCGGCCCCACCAACCAAAGGAAUAUACCACUUCCAGUUGGCAGUGCGGUCAGAUUCGUAUAUGGAUUGCGACUAUAAUAAAGAUAUCAGGCUUGAAGUGAAAGAAGCAAAAGAAGUGGUGCUCCCAAAGUAUGAGGAUUCCGAGGACGAAGAAGAAAAAAUGGAACUUUCCAGCGACGAAGAAUAUACUGAAGGAUCAGAUUCAGAUGAAGAGUAGCACUUCUGAACGCAUGGUAGCAAACAAUCUUGUAUUUGUGCGCCACCUUUCUAAAAAGGAUGGUCGGUUGGCAACGAGCAGCCAGUAAUCCAGCCUCAGUUCUUUCCUAGGUGGAUUCGCACCCUAUUAUGAUUGAGGUCCCACUCCGAUCUUUUGCAAAAUACCUCCAAGCGCGCUUCUAGCAUAAACAGUCACCUUGCCGCCAUGGCAGUAUGUACUAAAAAUUGCACCUUUUUACUAGGAUUAUGGCGUUCAUAUACCCCCCAUCCGGCAUACUCAAGGCGUUUUCCUGAUAGACCAUUAUUAUACCGUUUAUCUUACACUGCCUCUACAAAAUGCUUAUUGCGGGCAUCUUCUUGUGUCAAACCAUUUCAUUUGUUCCCUGACUGUGGUACAUUUGACAUAGAAUCAUUUAUUUACCAACAUGGUUUAGAUGAUAUAGUGCUGCUAUCAAGUGCAGUUGUUCAGAGUGGAUCUUAGCUGUCCGCUUUGGUGAAGUUGGAACAAGUCUGAAGCACCU